AUGGCGAAAAGCAUUCGUUCAAAAGCCAAAAGGAAAUUACGGGCAGUAAAACGAGAAAAGAUUGCGGCAAAAGAAAGAUUAAAGUUGUUAGCAAUACAAGAAGAAGAAGAGGGAAUAAAAAUGAUUCAAGACGUGGUGGAAAGCGGCGAUAAGGGCGAGAAAAUUCCGGCUUCAUCAGGUACAUAUUUUUCUAGAAUAAUUUAUUAAUAUAGUUAAUAGGUUAAUUAAAAUUGUUACUUUUUAAUAGUCAAUAUUCAAUAAUUUCGUGUUCAUAGUAGCUUUUAUCUGGCAUAAUCUUAAAAUUUGUGCUUUUGAAAUCAUCUACACGGACUCAAAACGGUUGGUGCCAAAAUAUAGCAACAAUAACAAGAAGCGCCACCGAGGGGGGCACUACGUCCGGGGGCCCUUGAGAAUAUGUUGCCCAGGGUCCCACACAACCUCUCGGCAGUCCUGGUAACAAAACAGCUGCUGAUUGGAAGAGAUACAACUACCUGAACAUAUAAGCAGAACUUUGACAUUUCAAGCUCACUCAAAAAAUAGAGUUCUGCUUUAUAUAAUAGACAGAUUUAGAUCGCAGACGUCAAAGAUGACAUGAAAAUGGCGUGUUGUGCCCAUGUAUGGAUAUGCCAUGCCAUUUUGACGCCAUUUUCAUGUCGUCUUUGACAUCUGUGUCCUCGUUCUAAAUCUGUCUAUUUUCCGGGUAGGUCUCCCUCAAUCCAUGGCUGUUCAGUAUGAACCAUACAGAGAUCUGAUUCAACCAAAAGUCUGUAACCAGUUGCCAUGUAGCUGUGAUGCAGUCACCAUGUUCCUAGCCAGGGCACUAACGAGAGCAGGCACGGAUUUUCUGGGGGUGCGCACCCCCCAGAAAUGAUUUGCACCACCACCCCCCCCAGAGGCAUUUGGCACCGCCCCCAAAAGUUUUUGCACCCCCGCAAAUUAUAUAUAUUUUGAUUUGAUAGUUUCAUAUUUGAUUAUUCUUACUACUGAAUUUGUAAAAUUACCAAUAUCAUGGUCUCAGAUCUCACCAUGCAGGCCUAGAAAACAAAUUUCGUUAAACUUUUUCCUUGGCGGCAGGAGGCGUUGCCGCGCGCCCGAUAGCCAAAACAACGGCAACACCCCCCCAGAUAUUUAUCCACCACCACCCACCCCCCGAACGAAAAUAUGAAAAUCCAUCUCUGAACGAGAGGCAUUUAUCCCAAUUUUGAAGUCAAAAAGCCUUCCAUUUUGAAUAUUUGCAAGGGGGUGAUGGCCUCUCUUAGCUAAAUGCACUGGUUAGGGAGUGGGGACAUGGCCACCAGGGACAUCAAAAGCACUGAUAACAAGUUGAACCUCUGUUAAGAAAGCUUCAGAUUGAUAGGGAUGCAAACUUCAACGUUUUGAGUGAAGGCCCUUUGUCAGGAUUUUCGAGGGGUUGUUAGUAGCAGGGGCAUUACAUGAGCUUUUAUACUACUAGUGAAUAUAAAAGCCUGUUAGGGCUAUAGCCUAUACUCUAUGACAAGAUAGCUGAUACCAUAAUGGGUGAAUUUGCGUUAGAUGCUACUUUUGACAAACACAUAUUGACAUAAUUGUGUAAGCUCUCUGCUAUGACGUAUAUUUACCAGGAGAUGUAGACGAGACUAUGGAUGCAGUGUCUGAAAAUCAAUCUGUGAUAAAAGCGAAGAAAAAGAAACCAAAGAAGACAUCCAAAUCAGGGUCGGGAAAGAAUGUCAAGCGGCUGAAGAAAAAGAGGAAAAAUAAAUACAAGUGGUAG